AUGACUGCUCCUCUGACCAAGGUCGACUCGGCCAUCGCAGGUCUGUCCAUAUCGGACGAGAAACCCCCAGCCUCCACCGAGAAGGAAGUCAAGAGGACGCACAAGCGUACCUCGUCUAAGAGUGAAGAAGUCUGGAACAUCAAGGACCUUGAGGAACAAAAGAUCGAGCUGGUGCUGCCCAUCGAAACGCAGAAAACCGGAUGGAAACUCAACACCUCCCCAUCCACGAUUGAGGACAGGGACAUUCUCAAGCUUCAUCUCAUCAAGCCUCCGGUCAAGAAGAUUGACCUGCACUUCCCCCUUGGGCCUGGAGAUGCCAUCUACAAGCAGUUCAAGAAGAAGGCGGACGAUGAGCUGGACAAGCCCUACCUCGCUGGUUUCGAGUGGGACAAGGAAGAGUGCUGGACGCGCUUGAUCGUGCACCAGAAAAAAAAAAACACGGCCCAACAGCCCAGCAAGAAGUCCAAAAAGAAGAACAAGGAAGAGGCUUAA